AUGCCCAAGUUGAGCGCGUGCAUUAAACUUGCAUCUUCUGAUUCAGAGGCACAAGCUGCUGCCGCCGGACCACCGGGCAUGAAGGAGCACGAGACCAUGAACUGCCUCGUGGCCAAGCGCCUCUGCGACGAGAACUCCAACUGCUCCGCCAUCCUCAAGGUCAUCCCCAUGCUGUGCGGACCCGAGCUCGUCGCCUGCUCCACCGUCACCGUGUCUCGCUGUCAGGCCGCCCUCAGAACACUGGCUCUUUUCCCAUGGUUCCAGCCGACGUGUCUCUGUCGGGAACCCAGCCUCGACGCCCAGUGUAACAUCUUUAGGGACCUUGUCUUCGACCAUCCCUGCGUCUUCGUCAAUAGGAAAGUGGACAUGCAUCCACUCCACUAUAUCCCCACCUGCGAACUGGCGGCGGAGAUCUGUCGGGACAACCCCUGGUGCAAGCAGAGACUCGACAUGUUCAAAACAACGUGCAAGUUCCGCGAUGGGCAGUGCCGAAAUCCACACAGUAAUCUUAUUAAUGUAGAAUUGCGGCAGAAGACGAGAUGCAAUGUUAUAGACGAAACAGAUAUAUCAGGACACUAUCGAAUCAAAAUUGCAACAGGACUGUGUUUGAAUUUAGGCACAGAGCAUGAGCAUUUCUGA